AUGCCGGCGCUGGACGCGUGCGCGCUCUGCGCCAAGCCUUUGGCGCACGACCGCGACGUCUUCAUGUACAGAGGGGACACGCCCUACUGCAGCGAGGAGUGCCGGCACGAGCAGAUGCACCUCGACGCCGUGUGCGCCAAGCAGGACGCGCGGAGGCAGCAGCGGUUCUCGGCGGGGACGGAGUCCCACCGUGGGCAGCGGCAGUCCAGGAAGGUGUCCGUCGCGAGCUAA